AUGGAACCAAUCAUUCAUGACGUGUUUGAACAUGAUACUGGCACAUGGCAGUAUGUUGUGGCUGACCCGUCGACGCUCAUUGCUGCAAUCAUUGAUCCAGUUCUGGACUAUGAUCGCACGACUCAAGGCCUUACUACAUGUACUGCCGACUCAUUGCUAGCGCUAGUCAAGGAGAAGGGAUACAAAGUCGAUUGGAUUUUGGAAACCCAUGUCCAUGCCGACCAUCUGACCGCGGCAUCGUACCUGCAACGCCGCCUGGCUCGGGAGCAGGGUUAUAGUCCAUCUGUUGCCAUUGGCAAGCGCAUUGGCCAAGUGCAGAGGUUCUUUGGCAAGCGAUAUGGAGUUCCAGAGGAGCAAUAUGGGGUCGUCUUUGAUCAUCUGCUCGAUGAUGACGAGAAAUUUGACAUCGGCGAUCUGCAGGCCAUAGCGAUGCAUCUUCCUGGCCAUACGCCUGACCAUAUGGGAUAUAAGAUCGGAGAUAACGUCUUUUGUGGUGACUCGGUUUUCCAUGCCGAUAUUGGUACUGCAAGGUGUGAUUUCCCUGGAGGCAGUGCCGAUAGCCUUUUCUCCUCAGGCCGCAGGCUACUCAGCUUGCCAGAUCAUGUCAAGAUAUGGACUGGCCACGAUUAUCCCCCCCAAGGACGCAGCUCUCCAAAGGCAUACAUGACUGUUCAUGAACACAGAGAGCAAAACAAGCAUCUCAAGGACGGCAUCACAGCAGAGGAGUUUGUGGCUAUGCGAAAUGAACGUGACGCUACACUAGCGGCGCCCAGGAUGCUCCACCAAUCUCUGCAGAUAAACAUCCGAGGGGGGCGACUGCCGACUCCAACCGAAGAAGGCCAUCGGAUGCUACGACUGCCGCUGGAUUUGAAAGGUCCAGAAUGGUAG